UUGCUGUUGAUGAGUUGUCAAUUGAAGAACUUAUUGAUUUUAUACAAGAUUAUUUAAUUAAUAGCAAUUUAUUAGAAAUACAAUCAUUUUAUCUUUAUACUGAAGCAUCACUUGAAGUAACUGAAGAACUCAAAUUGUUUUAUAAAUCAAAAAAUUUUUUGUUCAUUCAAUAUAUGAUUAUUAAUAUUUACAAGCAAAAAGCAUUGCAUAUUAGUACUUUAAAGAAUUAUGAUUAUAUCAUUGAAGAUUAUACUAUUAGAGAUGUAAAAAUAUUCAAUAACUUUACUGAUGGAGAAGAAAAAAGAAAAUAUGUUGAUCAUAAAACAACAAAUAAUCAUAAAAAACAAAGAAAUAGAAAAGAUGUAACAUGUUCAACUGAAUAUUUAAAACAAGUUUAUAAUUUAUAUAGUGAUCAAAUUGAUAUUAUUUAUCCUGAAUAUGUCAAGUUUAUAAACAAAGCUGUCUUAUAUGAAGAUUGUCUUAAUUUUAAACAAUCUUUAAUUGUUCUUGCAAAAUUUGAAAAAUUUAAAAUCAAAAGAUUUAAAUAUUACAAAAAAGCAGCUUAUUUAAAUAAUAUUGAAGAAAUAUUUCAAACAGGAUAUUGUUAUAGAUUUGAAUUAGGAGUUAAUAAAGAUAUUCAUCAAGCAGUAAUUUAUUUUAUAUUAUCUGCUAGUUUAGGUUAUUCUAAAGGCAAUUUUUUAACUGAUUUAUCUUAUGAACAUGGAGAAGAUGUUAAA